CGGCCGGCCAUCGUGCUCCUCGGCGACUCGCUCACGCAGUACGGCUUCGGGCCCGAGGGCUGGGCGUCGCGCCUCGCGCACCGCUACCAGCGGCGCGCCGACGUGCUGAACCGGGGCUACAGCGGCUACACGAGCCGCUGGCUGCUGGCCGCCCCGAGCGCCGCCGCGGUGCCCCACGCCAAGGUCCUCCUCACGGUGAUCUGGCUCGGCGCCAACGACGCGGCGCCGAAAAGCGCGCGGAGCCACGUGCCGCUCGACGAGUUCUCCGAGAACCUCGCGGCCCUCGUGGCCAAAGCGCGGGACCGGAGCGACGACGUCGUCGUCGUGUCCUGCCCGCCCGUCGACGACCGGGCCUACUUCGACAAGGCGUUCUCGAAGAAGCACCCCGACGCGUCCUUCCGGGACGUGGACCGCACGCGGGCGAGCGCGAAGCGAUACGCGUUCAUCGCCAAACUCGCGGCCCAGCAGGGGGGCGCCGCCUUCUGCGACGUCUUCGAGGCCUUCGACGCGCGGCCCGACGGCGGCCGCGCCCUGCUCAGCGACGGGCUCCACCUCAACGAGAAGGGCGAGGCGCUCGUCUUCGAGACGCUGCUGCGGACCGUC